UACAUACAACAAAAACUAAUUGUUUUAGUUCCUACGUAGCACACAAGAAGCCGGAAUACGCUAAAGCACAAAAAAGGUGGCCCUUAUCUCUUCAUAAUCUAGCCAUAAAUGCCUACACAUUUAUGUUCAGAGCAACCAAAGUCGUGACCUAAGAGACCAUGUCGGCAUGGUUGAAAAGUCUCAUAUAUGUUGUAAGGUAAAUUAAGGAUCUAGCUUGAAGGGAAUUGCAGAAGAAAAUGGCGAGGUUGAGGGUGUUGUCUGAGCUUGACACAGCAAGGACGCAGUACUAUCACUUCAAAGCCAUCAUCAUUGCAGGGAUGGGGCUCUUCACCGAUGCCUAUGACCUUUUCUCAAUCACUCUCAUCAUCAAGAUGAUGGGAAGGAUAUAUUACGACCACCGCAAGGGCUUUCAGACCCCGCCGCUGGUCACCUCCGCCCUCGUUGCUACCGCGCUUCUGGGCACCGCCGUCGGUCAGCUCCUCUUCGGAAGGCUCGGCGACCUCAAGGGGCGCCGCCGAGUCUACGGAUUCUCCUUGCUGUUGAUGGUCUUCAGCUCCUUGGCCUCCGCCUUCUCCAUUUGCAUAAGAAAAACCUGCGUUUUCGUCACUCUUGGCUUCUUCAGGUUUAUGUUGGGGCUGGGGAUUGGUGGGGACUACCCUCUGUCUUCAACGAUAAUGUCGGAGUUUGCGAACAAGAAGACACGAGGGUCGUUCAUAGCGGCGGUGUUUUCGAUGCAAGGGUUCGGCAUAUUGGCGAGCUCAACCGUGACGGUGGUGGUGUGUUCCAUUUUUCGUGCGGCCUCGAAGUCGUCGGAGGCUGACGUUGCUUGGAGGUUGAUACUGAUGCUGGGUUGCGUUCCGGCAGCCAUGACUUACUACUGGCGCAUGAUGAUGCCCGAAACUGCCAGGUACACAGCGUUAGUGGAGCACAAUGUGAUGCAAGCAGCAAAGGACAUGGAGAAAGUUCUUGAUGUAAGACUGAGCAUGAUUGCAGAGGAAUACCCUUUGCCACCAAUCCCACAUCCCUACCCUCUCUUUUCAAGGGAGUUCUUCCGCCGCCAUGGUCGUGACCUCUUUGCAUGUUCUUCAACAUGGUUCCUCGUCGACAUUGUCUUCUACAGCCAAGUUUUGUUCCAAAGUGAAAUAUACAAACGCUACCUCGACGAAAAGGGAAAAGUAGACAUCUAUAAGGAGGCUAUUCACGUCGCUUGGAUCCAAGCCGUUAUCACAGUCUGUUCCACCAUCCCCGGUUACUUCUUCUCUGUCUACUUCAUUGACAGAUGGGGAAGGGUCAAAAUCCAAAUGAUGGGUUUUUUCUUCAUGGCAGUCAUCUUUUUCAUCAUUGGAAUUCCCUAUUACACUUUUUGGACUACUCCGGACCAUGAAGAGAACAAAUGGUUCAUGGUUUUGUAUGGCCUUGCUUUUUUCUUUGCCAACUUUGGCCCUAACACUACCACUUUCAUAGUCCCGGCUGAGCUUUUUCCAGCCAGGUUUAGGUCAACUUGUCAUGGCAUUUCUGGGGCAGCCGGGAAGGUUGGGGCGAUCAUUGGGUCUGUGGGCUUUCUUUGGGCUUCUCAUAAAAAGAGGGAGUAUGGAUACAGUAAGGGAAUUGGGAUGCAGGUUACCCUUAUCAUACUUGGAGGAGUGUGCUUAUUGGGAAUGGUGAUCACGUACUUUUUCACUAGGGAAACCAUGGGAAGGUCCUUGGAAGAGAAUGAGGUUGAUAGUCAGACCAAUGAAGUUGAAGAACAUAAUAAUCUUUGAUUCCUUGCUGGCUGGGUGCGUGCGUUUAAGGUUGUACGUGCAUUGUGGUGAAUCGUCAUUUUUUGUUGAUAAGUUUUGUCUUAUUCUGUACACUUUCUGUUGAUAAGUAAAGGAUAUUAUAAUGUAACAUUUUGAAGUUAUAUCCAGCAGCCAUUCAUGGAAGACUAUUUGGUGAUUAUUAAUACAAAUCCUUGAUUUAGUGGA